AUGUCAACCCUCAAAUUUGCGCCAUGGAUGAGUGACGUCGAUGUACAGUUCUAUGCCGCUCUAGCGCAUAUCAAGAUCAACCAUGACAAACUCGACGAUUCCGCGCGCAAGGUGCUCGGCUUGUAUGAAGUCCGUCCGGGAGAGCACUCGUCGCGAUCUAUGCGCGUACAAAUACACCCAAAUGCGCUGACUUCAGACGACACCCCUCCGACCUUCUGCCGCGCCGAAGGCAUCAUCAAGAACUGCAACACCAUAGAAGACUACAAGAACCUUGAUCGCGCCGCCAUACUCGAACGAUGCGCCCAAACAAUAUGGGAUGCGAUACACGACGGCUCGAUAUACGAAUGCCCCUCUCUACUCUCCUCCUUUACAGCCAUUAUAUUCGCCAACCUCAAGAAAUACAAGUUUACCUAUCACUUUGGCUUCCCCGCGAUACAGUCCGACCCACCGUGGAAACAGAUUGGAGAAGCAACAAGGUUGCAGGCUAGGGAGACUACAUACCUGGUGGACGCGGUGCAGACAUGGCGAUACAGCUCCGAUGUUCGUCAAAGAGGCUUCUUCCUGGCAAAGCGCAUACAAGGAGGCGGCGACCCAGAGGAGAGGCCCAAGACACCAGUCUCGCCACUUGAGGAAUUCGGAUAUACAUGGGCCAUAGGCAGACUAGAAGCCUAUGAGAAGGGCUUCUUUGACAAGACGGAUAGCAAAGAUCGCUUUAUAUGUUUUGCAGACCCUUCUACCUACGACUCCAAUCCUGGCUGGCCUCUUCGCAAUCUCCUCAUACUGAUGCGGCAUCGAUGGCACCUGAAUGACGCCCAGAUCAUGUGUUAUCGCGACACUCAUACACGGCGCGACCAACCGAACUCUCUCAUCCUGCAACUGCGUUCAGACCCUACUCCUGAGGCGGCACCCACCUCAGAAAGACCAGACAGUCGCCCACAAACACCGAAACUACCCAAAGUGACGGGCUGGGAACGGACAGAAGCAGGCAAGCUGACAUCUCGGAAUGUAGACCUUUCCGAAUACAUGGACGAGCGCAAACUCGCUGACCAGGCGGUCGAUCUCAACCUCAAGCUGAUCAAGUGGCGCAUAGCUCCUACCAUCGACCUGGAUGUCAUCAAAAACUGCAAAUGUCUGUUGCUCGGAGCGGGAACAUUAGGCACCUAUGUGUCAAGAACGCUGAUGGGAUGGGGUGUGAGGAAGAUCACAUUCAUCGACAACGCCACGGUCAGCUUCUCAAACCCUGUGCGGCAGCCUCUCUUCAACUUCAACGAUUGCUUGCAGGGUGGCGCAAAGAAAGCCGAAAGAGCCGCCGAGGCUUUGCAAGAAAUUUAUCCAGGCGUUGAUGCGACAGGGCAUGUCAUGGAAGUACCGAUGCUCGGCCACCCGAUGACUGACAGCGCGAAGACGAAGAUCGAGUUCGAGAAGCUGCAAAGGUUGAUCAGCGAGCACGACGCCAUCUUCCUGCUCAUGGACACACGAGAGAGUAGAUGGUUACCAACUGUCAUGGGCAAGGCCUACGGCAAGAUCGUCCUUAAUGCUGCGCUGGGCUUCGACACCUAUGUGGUCAUGCGACAUGGCUUGAAGGCGGCACAAGAGGGAGAGGUGGAGCUAGGAUGCUACUUCUGCAACGACGUUGUUGCGCCUGCAGAUUCCCUAAGCAACGCCACCCUCGACCAACAAUGCACCGUAACCCGCCCUGGCGUUGCGCCCCUCGCAUCCAGCCUCCUUGUCGAACUCCUCAUGUCUAUCCUCCAACACCCCUCAAAAGCCUGCGCGCCACCUCCACAACAUCAAAACUCAAAGUCUACUCCAGCGCCCGCACCGUCCCAUCCUGCGUUACCACCACCUUUCCAACAUCCCCUCGGUAUCAUCCCCCAUACGAUACGAGGCUAUCUCUCAACCUUUUCAAACCUUCAAGUGGAAGGCAAACCCUACGACUGCUGCUCAGCGUGUAGCGACAGAGUGCUCGAAGCCUACAACGCAGACCCAUGGGGGUUUGUCUCCAGAGCGUUGAAUGAGAGAGGGUGGGUGGAGGAGAUGAGUGGCCUAAAGGAAGUACAAAGGCGGGCUGAUGAGGCGGCGGCAGACGUAGAAUGGGACGAGGAGGAUGAAGGGGGCUUGGACGAAGAGGGCGAGAUGCUAUGA